AUGGAGUAUUUCACCUAUCAUCACCAUGUGCUGCAGAAGGAACAACCCGAUCUGAUGGGGUCUUUGAAGAUGGACAUGCUUACGAUCAGAUUCCGGUUCCUCAGGUCAAUCCAAUGGCACCGUGUGCGAACCGAUCCAUAUACUAUUGAAUCCAUGGAUCUUCUACAUCAAGCAGAUCUCCUUGUAAAGUUUUCUCAUCUCAAGCAGCAGUUAUCCGACAACUACGACAACAACAGGAGGUAUGCAACCCUCUUCUCUAAGAAACUCUCUCAAGUGAGUGUUCCGGAAGAUGAACACUUUGCUUCUAUUCACGAGAUAUUCCAGGUGGUUUUAGAGAUGGUCGAUCCCGAGAUCCCUCUUGUGGUGGGUGUGGUUGACGCCACUGUCCGGGAGGGAGAUGUUACACUGGAUCCAUGUUCGCGCAAUUGGAUCCCUGCAAGCAGAUCCUUCGUCCAGGGCUUGGAGCGAGUGAUGACACUCGAUAGUGAUAUCCUCACACGCUCCCCCACCUGUGCUGUUUGCUUGGAGGACUUUGAACAACAACUCCCCAUCACUCAGUUGCCCUGCACACACCACUUUCAUCUGCCUUGCAUAGUUCAGUGCCUGGAGAGGAACCACUUCUGUCCCCUCUGCCGAUAUGUGAUGCCCAUGGAACAAGGUUAA